AUGAGGGAUAAGCUCUCGUACGCCCCGGCUCAGCCCUCUCUGUGCCACGGACACGAUUUAAACCAGUGCUUCUCAAAGAGUGGGGCCCGCCCCCCUGAGGGGGCCCAAGGUCACGGCAGCAGCAGUUGUGGGGAGGACUCCACCAGCUCCGAGUCCAUCAAAGUGUCACCAGCCUUUUCCAUGAUUCAAGAACUGAACCCGCUGAAGGAAGGAUUAUUCCCCUGGACCACCGGCACUUCCUCUGAGACCUGUCAUCACACUGAUCACGGCGACUUCGGAGGUUUUCCCCUCGGCCCAAACGCGCACCUGUGCCACGUCGCCGCAGAAGCUAUGCAGCUGGAAAUCCAAGUCGCUCUCAAUUUUAUAAUCUCCUAUUUAUACAACAAACUGCCUCGGCGAAGGGUCAACAUAUUUGGCGAGGAGCUGGAGAGGCAGCUGAAGAGGAAGUACGAGGGCCACUGGUACCCGGACAAGCCAUACAAGGGCUCAGGCUACCGCUGCAUCCACGUGGGCGAGAAGGUGGACCCGGUGGUGGAGCAGGCCGCCAAGGAGAGCGGCCUGGACAUCGACGACGUCCGGAACAACCUGCCUCAGGACCUCAGCGUCUGGAUCGACCCCUUCGAGGUGUCGUACCAGAUCGGCGAGAAGGGGCCGGUCAAGGUACUGUACGUGGACGAUAACAACAACGAGAACGGCUCGGAGCUCGACCGAGAGAUCAAGAACAGCUUCAACCCCGAGGCGCAGGUUUUCAUGCCCAUCAGCGACCCGGUGGGCGCUUCCUCCGAGUCCAGCUCCCCGUCGCCCCCUUUUGGCCAGUCCGCCGCCGUCAGCCCGUCCUUCAUGCCCCGCUCCGCUCAGCCCCUCACCUUCACCACCGCAUCGUUCGCCGCCACCAAGUUCGGCUCGACCAAAAUGAAGAGCAGCGGGCGCAGUAAUAACAGCAGCGGCGGCAGCGGGGGGAGCGGCGGUGGCGGCGGCGGGAGCGGCGGAAAAGCGGCGCGCUCCUCCCCCACCCACAACCUGGGCCUGAAUGUGAACACGCUCCUCAAGCAGAAAGCCAUAUCCGCCUCCAUGCACUCGCUGUACGGCCCGAGCCAGCAGCCCAAGCCAUCCGCGCUCUCCGCACUCUCCCCCAACGCCAAGGAGUUCGUGUUCGCGCCCAGCCUGAACGGCCCGCUCAGCCCGGGCGCCGCGUUCGCCGCAGAGGGCUCGCUGGGCCUGGGACACCUGCCCUACAGCAACGCCUUCGACAUGUUCGCGGCCUACGGGAGCCUCAACGACAAGUCCCUCGUGGACGGCCUCAACUUCAGCCUGAACAACAUGCAGUAUUCCAACCAGCAAUUCCAGCCGGUGAUGGCGAACUAA